AGCAGCCGGGAGCGGUGGGUGCCGGGAGGAAGGAGGCAGGAAUCAGGGAGAACAAAGAACAAGAUCAUCAGACGCUGGGCGAGCAGCUGCGGCUCCCCCCGGGGUCCGUGCUGGGGGGGGGGGAAAUCCCCUCAUUAACCCCUCCCUGCCCGGCCGGGGACUUUCUCCCGCUGGGACCAGCCCGGAGCCAGAGGGAAAGUGAGACAGAGACCGUGGGAAAGUGACCGUGGGAAAGUGAGGGGCCGGUGACCUUCGAGGAAGUGGCUGUGUAUUUCACCAGGGAAGAGGGGGCUCUGCAGGACCCCGCUCAGAGAGCCCUCUGCAGAGACGUCAUGCAGGAGACCUAUGAGACUGUGACCUCGCUGGGGUUUCCAGUCUCCAGACUUGAUGUGAUCUCCCAGCUGGAACAGAGGGAAGAACCAUGGCUCCCAGACCUCCAGUGUUCAGAGGAAAGAGAGAUCCUGAGAGGUCCCUGCACAGGCAAAGGCCCAUUAAACCAACUCAGAAUCUGCGACGUGAUGCUACGUGAGACUAAGCAGCAGAAUUCUCAGCAGGAAGAUGCGGAGCAAGUGGAAUCACAUGGAGCAUUAUCGCAAAGAUCGAAAGGGAAUGUGUCCAGGAGUCACGAGCAGGGAACAGCCUGUGAGAUUCAGCACAGACCGGAGAGACAUCAGGGAAACCAGCCAGGGGAGAAAUUGGAUAAAUUCAUUUACUGUCGGGGAACUCAGAAGGACCUCAAGGAAACCACAGCCCAGCAGGAAAUCCUCAGGGGAAAGAGGAAAAAUACGUGCACCGAGUGCGGGAAAACCUUUAGUUGCUGCUCAGCCCUUGUUAAACAUCAGAGAAUUCAUACAGGUGAGAAACCCUAUGAAUGCGGUGAGUGCGGGAAAACCUUCACUCAGAACUCAAACCUCAUUAGACAUCAGCGGAUCCACACAGGUGAGAAACCCUACGAAUGCAGUGAGUGCGGGAAAAGAUUCACUCACAACUCAAACCUUCUUGUACAUCAGAGACUCCACACUGGUGAGAAACCCUAUGAAUGCGGUGAGUGUGGGAAAAGAUUUACCCACAGCUCAGAACUUACCACGCAUCAGAGAGUCCACACAGGGGAGAAGCCCUAUGAAUGCUGUGAGUGCGGGAAAGCCUUCAGUGUCUGCUCAGCCCUUAUUACCCAUCAAAGAAUCCACACAGGGGAGAAGCCCUAUGAAUGCUGUGAGUGCGGGAAAGCCUUCAGUGUCUGCUCAGCCCUUAUUACCCAUCAUAGAAUCCACACAGGGGAGAGACCCUAUGAAUGCAGUGAGUGUGGGACAAACUUCAGUGACAGCUCCGCCUUUCUUCAACACCAGAGAAUCCACACGGGAGAGAGGCCCUACGUAUGCGGCGAGUGCGGGAAAAGCUUCACUCGGAGCUCAGACCUUACUACGCAUCAGAGAAUCCACACGGGCGAGAGACCCUAUGAAUGCGGCGAGUGCGGGAAAACCUUCACUCAGAACUCAAACCUCAUUGCACAUCAGAGAAUCCACGCAGAUGAGAAACCCUACGCCUGCGGCGAGUGCGGGAAAAGCUUCACUCGGAGCUCAAAUCUUAUUGCGCACCAGAGAAUCCACACAAAGGAAAAGCCCUACGAAUGCUGUGAGUGCGGGAAACGCUUCACUGACAACUCAGCUCUUAUUACGCAUCAGAGAAUCCACACAGGGGAGAAACCCUACGCAUGCGGCGAGUGCGGGAAAAGCUUCACUCAGAGCUCAAACCUCAUUGCACAUCAGCGAAUCCACACAGGGGAGAGGCCCUACGAAUGCAGUGAGUGCGGGAAAAGCUUCACGCAGAGCUCACAACUUUCUACACAUCAGAGAACCCACACGGCAGAGACAUCAUACGAACGCUGUGAGUGUGGAAAAAGUUUGACCGAUCACUCAGCCCUUCUUAAACAUCAGAAAAUUUGCAAGGGAGCUAAACACCAUAAAAACUUCUAGAGAUAUCAACCCUCUUGUUUUUAAUGGUUAAGUGUCCAAUUCUGUCACAGGGGUCAUGGAUUCUGUGGCUUGAAUGGACCUCCGUUUCAGCAGCUGUCAGCCCCUGGGCCCAGAGUAGGAACCACCAUCAUCCUGGUGCCAGUGGUAAGUCCCCAGGGCCAGAGUAGUGGCCGAGAUAAGUCAGCCACCAGACCAAGAGCUGCCGCUAACAGUCAUCCCCCUCCCCACGGGGCUCCAAUUGCUAUUCCCCACCGCCAGGUAUUUUUAGUGAAAGGCAAGGACGGGUCACAGGCUUCCAUGAAUUUUUGUUUAUUGCCCAUGUCCUGUCUGUGACUUCCUAAAAAUACCCAUGACAAAAAUUUAACCGUUUUGCUAAUUCCCACCGUAGUAACCGUUAAGGCUGCUUGCAUUAUUUGUAGCACCGUUAUCCCUCAGUUUGUCCAGGGGAGUGGCCCGUUUUUGCUUUUUGCCGUUUGUCCUGUCAUGGUGUGGACCUGAUGGACCUUUCUAUCCACUCCAUUGUCCCAUGAGUAAUGGGAGUGUGUCCCUUCUUCCAGGAAACAAGGAGCAUCACAUUUGUACUGUUCCUCCUAUUGCAGAGUAAUUGUUAGGGUCAUGAAUGAUACAGAUUGUUUCAUUCUCAGUUGUUCUCACGUUGCUCUGGGUUGUGCUGAAGAGCAGUUAUUUGUGGACCUUUUUUCCUCAUUAUAUUUAAAUGUAUUUUAAAUGAAGAGGAGCAGUGGCAAGGGAAAAAAAUGUCAUUUCAGCCUUGGUGACACUGGAAGGUGAUGGGGUGACUCAGAGAGAUUCCCUCCUUCCCCAUCACUCCAGAACGGUUACCUCCUUUUUGAGCCAUGCAGAAUUUAUCUUCUUCACAUUCUAUCCCUCCACCUCUCAAAGUGUCGUGUGGUGCAGUGUUCUCAGCUGUCUGUUCUUGGAGAGGACGUUUUGACUUCUUUAAUCCUAUAUCAGAGUCACUGUGGCUGGAGAUGAAAGUGUCCAAGACCUGGAAGGGGACUUCAAAUGGAUUGUAAACACUGCGAUCACUUGGAACUGAAAAUCCAUUUCCAUCUAUUGGCAAAGCCACUUGUGGGAAGGUUGGCUGUUUUUUCCUCCAGUAUGAGGACGCUAAAAAUGUUGUAAAUAACAUAACUCAGUAUUGAGACUGUGCUGAGUGAAGCAGGUUUGAAUGGAUCAGAGGACAAUGUGAUGGGAGAACCUCUUCUCCUGAUUCUGAAUCAUCAGUUAUCACCUGCUCUGGACUUUCACUUGACAAUAUUGUCUCCGAUGAUCUGAGGAGAGAGUUCCACCGUGUCGUGGAGCUAUGCCAAAUGCCCGUGUAUUUGGUUCCCAAAGGAUUUGUAACUCGGGCCCUACAGCAAAGGUCUCCUAGAUGAUCCUAUGAUAUGGGAAAUGCUGCCCUUUAUCAGACAGAUGUGGCGGAAACAGAAGCGGGGCUGUGAAUGAACUGACUGUUUGUAGGUGCCGCAAAUGUGCAUGAAAUGGAAGCAGUGUUGGAAAUGAAAUAGCUGUAGAAAAAUAGCCUGGCCACCUCAGUGCCGUUUUGCCGUAUGCCCGUAAAAAUUAAAAAUAAUAGUAAAAAGGG